GUUUGUCGUCUCGACGUUAGCUGAUGACACAUUGACAGCGCCGAACAUAGUUUUAUUUAUAUUUUCCUUUACUCCGGUACUUAGUGUAAUCACUUAAUUUAAGCUUGUAGCAGUCCAGAAGAAGUAAAUUUUCUUUUAUUUUUCAAGAUUGACUAUUAUUUCCUGAUUCCUUCACCGUCAACGUCAAACAUAACUCAAGCAAACUCCACUCAAAAAUGUCCACUGAUGAUCUACACUCCGUACUGCUAACGUACACAAAGUGCAUCAACUUCGCAGCUGUCAAACACCGCAACCAGCGCAGACUAGAUUCGCACAAAACUCCUUACAUUAACCACCCGAUUGGUGUCGCCCACAUUCUGACCACCGAAGGAAGUGUAACUGACUUCGAAGUCCUGCAGGCGGCACUGUUGCACGAUACCGUCGAAGAUACGGACACCAGUUUCGAGGAGAUCGAACAAAACUUUGGCGUCACUGUUCGACAGCUAGUUCAGGAGGUUACCGAUGACAAAUCGCUGCCAAAAAUGGAACGAAAGCGGCUGCAGAUUGAGCACGCCACAAGGACAACCCCGCGGGCGCGGUUGAUCAAACUGGCCGAUAAGAUCUACAACUUGAGGGACCUGCAGCGCUGCCGUCCGGAGGGAUGGACCGAGGAACGUUGCCGGGAGUAUUUCGUGUGGGCGAAAAAGGUCUGUGAUAAUCUUAAGGGGACCAAUCAGGCGCUGGAGGACAUUCUGGAUGAGAUCUUUCGUCAGGAGAAUGUAGCGUAGGUUGUUUGGUGGUAUUUAUUAAAUAAAAAUAAACAUACAGUCA